UGUGCAUUGAAUCCUUCACAAGUUUUUCUUUAAUUGGGCGCUUUGGUGCAGCACCAGCAGUCCAAGUUGUUGUUGUUUUGGUUGUGCGCUUGUUGCGCUGCUGCUUGUGCCUGCUUGUACUUGGCUUGUUGUGGCGAGAGUGGACGUGCGGCAAGCAAGGGUGAUUGGCAUCCGCCCACCCCAUCGCCUCCAGCAAUCAAGCGAGCGGUCCCUCGGGCUUGAAGCGCACGCACGCGGCCGCCAAAGAACGUGCUCCCCCUCCCCUGCAAGCAAGCAGUGUGAUUUUCAAGCACUCGAACCAACAUCAAUCAUGGACGACCUCAUGACCAGCGGCAACAUGGAGGACAUUGGGCGCACCUUCACGGGAUCCGCAUCCACCAUCCUCACCGUCUACUACCAGAAGACGCCCAGUGACGUCGUGGAAAUGCGCAUGCAGGUUGACGCGACUGUGACCGUGGACUUGGUGGUGAGCCUGUGCACGAGUCAGCAUCGCCUCACCCUGGAACCCAACAUGCGAUGGCAGCUCAUGGAGGUGUUCGAGCAGCCACCAAUCCAACGGUGGAUCAGCCGGGGUGAGAGCCUGAUCGAAGUUCGCGCCAGCUGGCCAGACGAGAUUCGAGCGUCCUGUCGCUUCCAACUCGCGCAGGUUCCCAUCAUUCCACAAAACGACACCCUCAAGACCAUUGCAGGGACGCUGUCGAAGCGUGGUGGCUCGCACAAGUCGUGGAAGUCACGACACUUUAUCCUGUCGCGAAACCAGUGCACGCUCACGUACUACAAGAAGCCGCCGCAAACAGCAAAAGAGUAUGACCGCUCCCUUGGGCAGUGGCCCCUGAAGAACAUGUACGUGUACUUUGUGCGCCACACGCGACACGCGCCGUCGACAAACCUCUGCUUCUGCCUCAAGCCCUUCAGCGAACCGCUCUGGCCCAACACGCGCAAGCAGAUCCUGGCGCACUUCAAGAACGAGUGCAAGUUCAUGUGCGCGUCCAACGACAUGGACCGGUACCACUGGGUGACGGCGAUUAUGGAGGCUGCUGCCCAGACCAAGGGCUCCCGCUACUCCCUCCAGCUCCCAGAGAAUUUCCUGAGCGAGACGGCGUCACGGGAGACGAGCAAGAGCUCUCUGCCCGCCAUUGGCGAAGGCGAGACGUCAGACACAGACCGCGACCAGGUGUCGCCCACUGCCCCAACGGGCGCAGAUGUGUACGGCGAUACAGGCCUCCAGCCAUCGCCGCCGACAACAACCAUGUCGGCAUCAUCAGCAUCGUCAUUCCCAACAGCAACAGCACCGCCCGCUCUUCAAGCUGAUGAUGUGUAUGGUGACCCAGACACGCAUGCGCCCGUCACCACGGCGUCCACCACUGCCACCGCUACCCCUCCUUACCCCGACGCUAUUUAUGGAGACCCGGCCAUCCAACACCACGACCACCAACAGCAGCAGGAGCAGCAGGAGGUGCAGCCGUCACCACGACCACGGCCAGCACCACGGCCCCGCAGCCAGUUUGGCUCCGUUGGCGGCGGCCUCAACGCCGUGCUGCCGCCACACCCGGGCGCUCAGUUUACACCACCACCACCACAAGCAACACACAAUCAGCAGCAGCAGCAGCAGUUGCAGGGUGGCGAUGCGGUUUAUGGUGACGCUGAUGAUAGACCGCCACAGGAGGCGCCGCCACCGCCGCCACCAGGCGCAGCUGUGCAGGAGGAUGUGUACGGCGACAUUGAUGGCGACGCCCCGCCGCAGCAGGCACCGCCCCUGCCACCACCAACAGCUGCACUCCCACAACAACAGCAGCAGCAACAGCAACAGCAACAACAGGGUCAGGAGUCUGGUGCCGGCCCGAAGACGAAGAAGAAGAAGAAGAAGACGCCACCACCGGCGCCGCCGAAGAAGAAGAAAGCGCCUGUACCGCCACCCACACAGCAGCGGGUCAAGGUGUUCCCGACCCCUCCUGCUAUUGGCAGCGCCAAGGCAGAUGGCGACAGGACCGCACACGGCAGCGACAACACAGCCACUGUGACUGCCACAAUGCCAACCCCAACGGCUGCAGCACCAACCGCAACCCCCAUGGCACCUUCCCGCGCCCCAGCACCGGCACCACAGACACCAGCAGCAGUUUCGCCGCCACCGCCCGCCUCUGAUGAGACGUACGGUGACGUGGCACCCAUGGGUGAAAUCUAUGGCGACGCAUCUGCUGAUGAUGCCGUUGACACACAACCGCCACCGCCCCCGCCAUCGCAGCAGCACCAACAGCCGCACAUGCAUGCACCACCUCCGCCUGCGCAGGGUGGCGGGGACAUGUAUGGGGAGGUGUAUGAUGUGGAGGGCGGCAACGACGGCAGCAGCACCGCUGGUGAUUACGACGAUCUUCCUGAGGACUUGUAUGGUGAUCCAGAUGCAGCCAUUGCAAGCAGAAACAUGCUCACACGCAGCCAACAACAGCAACAGCAGCAGCAAGCGGUGGACGGGAGUGCCUCGCCCUCGCCACGUGACGUGCGCCUGCCAUCAAAGCUGCCACCAGUGCCGCUGCUGCCGCUGCCAAGCCAGCCGCUACCCCAACACCGCCGCCACCCUGGCCAAGUACCGCCGCCGCCGCCGCCAAUGACAAUGAGCGUACGGAAGAGUGGCACGGCUCAAGAAGCGACCGGCGCUCCGACAUCAUCAUCAUCGUCAUCAUCGUCAACAGCAGCAUCCCAGCAGCAGCAACAGCAGCUGUAUUAUGGCGGAUUCGAUAACAUGUCACCAUCGGGGCAGCAGCAGAACGACAUGUCUGGUUCACACAGCACCACGACCGUGGCGCCGCCACCACCAUUGCCAAGCACGCAAGGACGACCACCACUUCCGUCCGCCCCGCACACCACAACCACAGCCUCAACGCCAGCAGCAUCACCAGCGCUUUCAGCCCAGGGCUCUGCUGCGUCCAUAACGAGCAGGCCGCUUCCACCACUGCCCCCGCCAUCAUCAACAACACCAUCAUCAUCAGCAGCAACAGCAUCAUCAUCAGCAGCAACGGCACCACCGUCGUCGUCAUCGCCAUCGCUCAUGCAGCGUGGCACCUCCAUCCGGCACUUUUCGGAGCAGGAGGACGAUCCAUCCUACAUUCCCACGCUCAGUCGUGACCGUGCCAGCCACCGCCGCCCCACGUUUGUGCGCAAGGAGCCACAGACCAGCGGCCUGCCUGCGAACCCGCGUGACUGGGACUCGGCUGACGUGUUGCGCUGGAUCAAGCAGUCUGGCCUGUCCGACUUUCGCAGCAAGUUUUACACCAACGGCUUUGAAGGGCCGCAGGUGCUUGGGUUGCGUGGGUCGCAGUUUCUUGCGCAAGGGUUCUCCUCGGAGCGGUGCGAUGCCCUGGAGCAAGCACUGGAGGAGUUGAGGAGCAAAGCGCAGGCGGCAGACGCCUCCAAGCAGCCGGAACAACCGUCCGAAUCGCCGCCAGCACAGCCCUUGCGUGCAGCCAUGCCGCUGCCUGGCAACCCUGGCCAGUCAGCGUCAGCAGCAACACCCGUGUCAGUGUCGUCUGCAUCUGCGUCUGCGUCUGCAUCCAUGCGACGGGGCGCCCCCAUGACCAACACCGCACCGGCCACCGUCCCAACCCUGCCAGCAUUCUCGCCAACGCCCGCAACCGUGCCAACCCUGCCAGCAAUCACCACCACCACCACCACCACUGCGGCGACGCGUACGGCAACCAGUACUGUGAGCGGUGCUGCCGUGGCGCCUGGCCCUGAAGAGGAGUAUGCUGUGCUGCUGCCCAAGUCGCCUGCGUUUGCACCGCCAACAACGCCGCCGCCGCCGCCCAUAUCACGUGCGACAAAGCCGGCCUCACUGCGCGACAAGCGGCCAGCACCCCCGCCACCAGCGGACGAACACGCAGACACACCAGCAACAACAGCAACAACAGCAGCAACAGCAAUGGAAGCAGCGGCACCGGUGCGCGUGGGAGAUGAUGGCGCACAGGCAGCGGUUGAGGGCGCAGCAGAAGACAAGCAGAGUGCCGCUGAUGGAGGUGAUGGGGAUGGUGAUGACGCUGCAAGCGCAGCGAGCAAGGCAACACCGCCCAAGCCCAAGCCGAAACCAAAGCCAAAGCCAAAACCAAAGCCAGGCAUGGCGGCACGACGACCAGCACCGCCGCCACCAACUGCAGCGACAGCAGCGCCAGCGGACCAGCAACAGCAGCCAUCGACCAGUGGUGAUGCUGGCGAUGAAGCUGGUGGUGCGGAUGCAGACAACGUGUUUGGGCAGUCGCUGCUUCGCGAGUCUGUGCGCUCCAAUGCAACCACCACCUCAUACCAGGUGCUGACCACCAGCAUCACGGACCCCACCCUGGACUACGGCGAGUCGCUCACUGACACCGCACCAAACAACACCGCUGGUGCCACCUCCACCAGCAACAAUGGUGGUGAGGGCGACUAUUGGGAGCCGUACCAACACACACUCGAGCGCAGCAUGCAGCCUGGCGGGCGACCUGCCGUGGAGCACGAGUACGCCUACCCCACGGCGCCCAGCCACGACGAGUAUGAUUACUCGCAGCCAGAGUACGACAAGCCAAAGUCGUUCUCAGCUGGGUCUACGGCGGCUCCCAUCUACAGCGAGGCAACAAACCCACCAUCCAGGCCCGUCUCUGCGCUGUACGGCGACCCAGACCAAGACUUCCGACAGCAACAGCAGCAGCCGCUGCCAGCUGGCGAUGACAUGUAUGGUGACCCCGUGCCUGCAGGCAACAAUGACGCAGCACGAGCACCGCUGCCGGCGGAGGGCGAUGUGUACGGUGACGCAUUUACCGGCACGACGCGGACAGCAGCGCCGCCUGCUGCUGACAACCUGUACGGUGACCCGACACCUGCUACAUUGGGCACAGCACCGGCACAGGGCGAUGCCAUUUACGGCGACCCCGACAAACCCGUCACCCCAGCAGCGGCACCUGGCGAUGACGCACUGUAUGGUGAUCCAGAUCAGCAUCAGCGCGUUGCGCCCACAACGCACCAACAGCAGCAGCCACAGGAUGAGCAGCUGUACGGUGACCCGGAGCCGCUUCGCGCUGGCGACGCCGGCGAAGGGGAGGAGGAGGAGGAGGAGGAGAAGGAUGAUACGUUUGACACAGAGCAGGCAGCAAGCGUACAGCGUAGGCCGGUACCACGGCCACGCCCCCUUUCCACGCUCGCGCCAGAGCAGCAGCAGCGUGCGCUUGAGCAGCAGCUGCUAGAGCACGAAAAAGCGAAGCAGCAGCAGCAGCAGGAGGAAGAGGAGCAGCGAAAGAAGCGCCGAGACACUUCAUCGUCGGUGGUGUGUGGUGCAGACGCCGAUGCUGAUGAGGAGGCAGGCACACCGUCCAUUGACACGCUUGAGGGCUACCAGAACUUUGAUGCGCUGCGCUCGCACCUGCUUGACAGCCUGGACGGCGCGUCGAUGACGGAGGAUGAUCUCGAGCUGGCACGCGAGAUGAUGGGCACGGUUGCGCUAGGUGAUGGCAGUGCCAACACGAAUGGCGAUGGUGAUGAUGGUGGCGACACCUCGGGUAAUGGCGCCAAGGAAGCGGAAGCGACGGUGCCUUUGCAGGGUGUUGUUGACUUUGCUGCUCACGAUGACGAUGAGGAAGUGGUGUUGUUGGAGGACUUGGAGGUUUACCAGAACCUGGAAACCAUCUUGGAUCAUUACGGCUGCGAGACGGAUAGCGAAGACGAGGACAGCCACGCGGGCUCCAGCCACGGUUAUGUGGCCGUUGAAGCUGCAACUUCGAAAGCGGCAACUGCAACGGACACUGGCGCUGACGAUGGCUCUGACACUGAUGACUACGACGCUGACAACAUUGUAGAUGUAUAGCAGCCUGUUCGAGAGAACGACAGUGUGUGUGUGUGUGUGCGUGUGUGUGUGUGUGUGCGUGCGAGAGACAGAGAGAGAGAGAGAGUUGGCUGUGGAGGCGCAGAAAGACCAUGCAUGACAUGACGAGAUGAUUUGAUGAUCUUCUUUUUUUUUUCCUUGUUGGUUGGUUGCUUGCUUGUUGUUAUUCAUGCUGACUUUGCUUGCUCUGUGUGUAUGUGUGUGUGUGUGUGUAUGUGUGUGAUGUGUGUGUGUGUGUGUGUUUGUGUCUCUGCAUCUUGUCCUCUCUCUCUCUCUCUGCCUUUGUUUGCUCUCGCACAUUUUCAACGCACCUGCAAAAUGGUGCGGUUUGUUCAUGUCGGAUAUUUCGAGCACAUCUUCAAAUAAACAUCGGCUCUGCCACG